CAUCACUCCCCCACCCCACUCGCCCCCCACCCCCUUUAACCCCCAUCACCGCCGCGCCCAGCCGCCGACACAAAGGCCCGCCUCCCCUCCCCUCGCCUCGGCCCGCAGCGUGGCCGAACCAUCCAGCCACCGUCUGUGCGCGCGGCCAUGGCCGGUGGGCCGUCGUCGUGGGGCCCGAGCCCCGCGGCCGUGACGGCGCUGGUGGCGCUGGUGGGGCUCGGCCUGGCCGGCUACAUCGUCGGGCCCCCGCUCUACUGGCACGUGGCCGAGGCGCUGGGCCGCUCGCCGGGCGCCUGCCCCGCCUGCGCCUGCGACUGCGACGCGCUCCCGCUGCUCUCGCUACCCGAAGACUGUGGCAAACAAUUCAAGGAGGUUAGCAGCCGUGCUUCCGGUGAAGAAACAGAGAAGAGUUUCACGGAGCUACUGAUAGAAGAACUGAAGCAGAGAGAGGAGGAGGCGACGCAAGCUCAGCAACAAGCUGAUGUAAAAUUGCUCGAGGCCAAAAAGCUCGCUUCACAGUAUCAAAAGGAGGCUGACAAAUGCAGUUCAGGCAUGGAUACAUGUGAAGAAGCUAGGGAGAAGUCAGCAGACUCACUGCUCGAUCAAAAGAAACUGACUGCUUUGUGGGAGGAAAGGGCUCGGGAACUAGGAUGGAAACCCGGGAACGGCAAAUCACAUGGGAAUCAGUAGGCGAUGGAUAUGGCAUGCCGAGCAACAGAGAUCUCGUUCACCUCUGGUGACCUCUAUAUCCCUUUCUGCUGCCACGGGCUUCCUUGUCCAUAGCUAAUUUUGUAUCCAGCUUGUACUAUACGGCCAUAGCUGUUUGUGAGCGAUAUGUUAAAUUGGUAUGAAACUCGUCACCUGUAGAUCUUGGAAGUGAUUAUUGGUUGUCUACGAUGGUGGUAACUGAGGAGUUGAUCUUAUUUCUACCAA